AAAUGAGUUCGAUCGUUGGAUGAAAUGGAGGGCAGUUUCGUCAUAAGGGAAAAUUGGAUUUUUAUUUUUAUUUUUUCUCGAUUAACACGAGACCAAGAAUAAGAUUAGCUUAGUGCGCAUCCACUCUAAUCUUCUUCGCCGACGGGGUUUUCAUAGUUGAUAAAACCGGACCCACACGUAACGGCAAGAAAGAACCGCGCCAAAAGAACAAAUAAAAUAACGGACUUUUAUGUAAUUUUACCGUUCAUCACGGACAAACAAGAAACGACCGAUUUUAACCGUCCGAUCAUGACUUAGACAUGACAGCUGCCGUCGAUGAUCAAUAGCUCGAUGCCACAACGGCAAAAGAAAGUCACAACGACCGAAACGACGCCGUAUUGCACAAUCGAGAUUAUUGGUUUUCUUGUACAAAUGGAAAAGAAAAGAGUCAGUCCUCUGCAACUACAGCAGGUUUCUUCUUCCAUCUUCAUCUUCCUCCUCUGUUUCUGUUUCAUUUCAAUUUUUUCUUUUCAUUUCCCCUUUUUGUUCUUUCUUCCUCGUAUCUCUUGCUUUUUGUGAUAUAGACUCAUAGCUCAUCACCUUUGGGAGUGAAAGAAAAAAGUCAGAGAAAGGGGCUACUGCUUUUUCUCUAUCGCUACUGUACUUCAUCGGAGUUGCUAAGGAAAGUCGGCUUUCAGAAAGGACAAUCGAUUUCCGGAUACCGAUAAUCGAAACACCUGUUUUUGCUAGCGGAGUGAUUUGAAAGAUCAAUCGGUUGGUUGAGCAUUCUUGUCAAGAUGACGUGACUUUUUUUUUUUUUUUUUCCUUUUUCGUUCUUUUAAUUCUUUUGGAGUUUAUCACGAUUGUAUUGUGUUUUGAUUUCGUUUUGAGGAGUUUAUAGUGUUCUUUGAUCGGAGAGGCGGAAGUCAAAUCUUGUUUUUCUGGACGUUGAAGUUUUGUUUGACUUGUUCUGGUUGAGCUGUGAGAACGAUUUUCCUUGGUUCGGUGAGGUUUCGUAACGGAGUUUUCAUGCGAGAAAUGAGACUGGAAUAAUCUUUGAAAAUUAAAAACCGAAAACCGAACGCGGUUUUUCUUGUUGUUAGUUUAGUUUUGGAAGUACGGAUUUCCUGGCUGUUGAUUGAUUUGAACUGCGAAAUCGAUUCGUUAGGAAAUGCAGGAGCCAAGUAUUGAUACUGAUAAGCUUAGUUAUGAAAUCUUCUCAAUUCUUGAGAGCAAUUUUCUCUUCGGCUAUGAUGAUCAGAAGCUAUGGGUUCCCAAGCAGAUACCUCCCACUGUUGAAGGCAAACCGAUAUCUGAUACAGCAAGUACUCAAGCGCACGCUCAACAAGAAGUAAGUCGUGACGCUUCGUCUAUUAGAAACCAGAGAGGCAAGGUCUGCAUUCUGAGCAUCGAUGGCGGAGGUAUGGGAGGGAUUCUCUCAGGUAAGGCUCUGGCUUACCUCGAACAAGCGCUCAAGACGAAAUCGGGAAAUCCUGACGCCAGAAUCGCUGAUUAUUUCGACGUUGCUGCCGGAGCCGGCGUUGGAGGCAUUUUUACUGCUAUGCUUUUCGCAACGAAAGACCAUAACCGGCCGAUGUAUAAGGCAGAGGAUACUUGGCGGUUCUUGGCCGAUCAAGGCCAGCGGUUCUUCCGCCGGUCGAACUCUAGUUCAGGUGGAGGUUUGUUAGGGCGGUUGCUUAAAAUCAAUCGUACAAAUUCAACCAGUUCAGCCACUUCUGCUUUAGAAAAAGCGAUGAAAGAGGCAUUCACUGAUAAGGGACGAAGUUUAACCCUAAAAGAUACUCUGAAACCAGUUCUGGUACCUUGUUACGACCUGUCAACAACGGCGCCAUUUUUGUUCUCGAGAGCCGACGCCCUAGAAAAUGAUAGCUUCAACUUCCGGCUCUGGGAGGUUUGCAGAGCAACAUCGGCCGAACCGGCCGUAUUUGAACCGGUGACAUUGAGGUCUGUCGACAACCAAACCAAAUGCCUGGCCAUCGACGGCGGUUUGGCGAUGAGUAACCCGACGGUGGCCGCAAUCACUCAUGUACUACACAACAAACAAGAGUUUCCGUUCGUGCGAGGAGUUGAGGACCUUCUGGUUCUGUCCUUAGGAACCGGCCAGCCAUUAGAGGCCCGCCGUGAUUACCGUCAGGUCAUAAGGUGGAAGGAGAAGGAGUGGAUUCGGCCCAUGAAUCGAAUCUCUGGUGAAGCCUCAGCCGACAUGGUGGACCAGGCCGUCGCCAUGGCAUUUGGUCAGUCCAGGAGCUCUAAUUACGUGAGGAUUCAGGCACUUGGCUCGAGCUUAGGCGAGGGUGGACCUAGCUCAAGUACUGAUUCUGAUGCUGGUAAUGUAAAGAUGCUAAUUGAAUUGGCAGAUGAGGUUCUCAAGCAGAAGAAUGUUGAAUCUGUGCUUUUUGGAGGAAAGAGAUUUGCAGAGCAAACCAACUUCGAGAUGCUGGACUGGUUUGCUGGAGAAUUAGUACUUGAACAUCAGAGGCGGGGCUGCAGAAUUGCUCCCACUGUGGCUUUCAAGCAAGCUACCACCCGGGAAAGUGCCAAGGAACGUUCAUAAUAACCAAAAUUUCACAGGAAAAUUAUAAUAGGAUGGUGUAAGAAGAAGAGAAGGUCAGGAGGCCAGGAAGGAAAAUGAAAAGGACAAAAGACAUAUAUACAGUACAAAAGAUUGGUAAUCUUUGUGGGAUACCUUUUGCCCAAGAGAGGACAGACAGUCUUGUCUUCCAUACACAAACAAGUACAUGGGUAAACAAAAACAAAAACUGAGGGAGCAAAUUUGGAUCUCUCCUUUUUCAGGUUAAAAAAAAAAAUUGCAUGAAAAUUUUCUGCUUUCAAAUUGAAAAUUAGUUUUAAGUGUGGUAAAUUUAAAAGUAAAAGAACCCCAACAUAUAUUGUUUAUAAGGGGUUUAUAUGGCCUAGGCUCAAGAAAAACUUGAGUGCAGGUUAGUGGAGGGUCUACUUUUGAUUUUAGUAUUGAUCUUUAUUAUUUGUCCUUUUUUUUAGUCAGGCUCCCUUUUCAUCAAAAUUACAUAUUCAGUAGUGCAAAAAAUAUUUGAAUGUGGUCAUUUCUAGCUAGCUGCUUAUUUUAAUUUUUUAUGCUUUAGUUUAAUUUAGCUUGGCCUUUGGUCUCCAUUAUAAAACUGAUAAUAAUUCAGCUGGUUUAGGUCUCAAUUUUUUAGUUGGUUUUGUUGAUA